CACUGGCAAAUAAACAGUGAAUUGAUUCGGAACAACUAUAUUUCCGUAAUUUGAUAUAUUUUUGAGGCAAUUUUGUAGGCGCAAGGGAACAAAUCCACUUAGCAACGUUGGUGUCUACUUGACCUACUUUUAGGGGUCAGCCUAGUUGGUUUAGUUGAAUCAAGUAUAGGGAUGUUUUAAAUUAAGAAGUUUCAACAAACUUUUUGUUUUAAGAAAUAUAUAUUGAAAUAAUCAUUUAAAAUAAUCUAAAUUAUAUAAAAGUUAUAAUUUUCUUAUUUGUUGCUGGAUAUGUGGUGUUUACUGUUCAAGAUGAAAUACUAAAAACACCUUGGAUAUUUCAAUUUCCCUGCGUAUAAAUAUGGAAAGGUCGCCAUAGACAUUAUUUCUCUUCCGGGUCAGAAGCGGGAAUUUUCAACGCGCGUUGUGUCAUUUCCUCGGUGUUUGUGCGGUCUCUUUUGCCACCGUCAUUACUGUUUAUGCAGAUUUGUUUCAUCUUGACUGAUGGCUCACCAGCCUCCACGCCCUCCAGAUCCGCUGUUUGUUCUCCGAGGUUCCAAGGACGCAGUCAACUGUGUCAAAUUCUAUCCAUCAACCCAUACUGAGAAAGGAAGACUUCUAUCAGGGAGUGGGUGUGGGGAGGUGAGAGUUUGGAAUCUGGAAAGCAGGAGAACAGAGACCGUUCUCGAUGGUCAUGACGGCAAGAGUGUACUGUGGGUUCAACCCAUCAGCAACGGCCAAAUAAUCAGCCAGGGUCGGGAUGGCAACAUUCUUACUUGGGACAUCGGUGAAGGCAGACGUGAUGUCACAACACGGUUGCCAAGCAACGCACUGACAUUCUGCAAAUGUGACAUCUGUAACCAAGGGAGCCCUCUUGUGGCAGCUCCUGGCCAGGACUCAGAGGUUUGCAUCAUUGACCUAAAGAGCGAGACGGUUAUCUGUGGUUUGAAAGCUGACAAAGAUAUCAAGAAAUUUGGGAUGCCCAUGUGCGUAAAAUUCAUUGAUGAAUCGAGGCUGCUGAUUGGCUACGAGGCCGGCCAAGUUGCAUUGUGGGAUACCAGUGCUCGGACGAUGCUUGAUAACAAACAACUCCAUAGUGAGGCAGUAAUGUGCCUGGACUAUUCCACUUCAUCCAAGAGGGGUGUGUCAGGAUCUGCUGAUGAUAAACUCAUGUGUUGGACAGUCAGUGAGGCGGGGCUAACAUUAUCAGCAGAGAGUACUCUCACCAAUCCAGGAAUAUCCGAUGUAUGCAUCAGACAAGAUGACAAGAUAGUAGCAUCGGCAGGCUGGGAUUCCAGGAUACGUCUCUUUGGUUGGAAGAAGUUAAAACCUCUUGCUGUUCUGAGCUACCACCGCCAAACCAUCCACACCGUAGACUUCUCACCCCCACUUCAGGAAUUUGACUCCGCCCAGAUUUUAGCGGCAGGCUCAAAGGACAAACACAUAAGUCUCUGGUCCGUCUACAAUCCAAGCUGACCAUGGAUCAUAAUGAAUGACUCUUCUUUCCAUAUCAAACUUGCUAAGGGCAGAAACACACCAACCGCCAAAAAAUUAUUGGCUUACCCUAAAAAAACAGGUUACCAGACAAAAUGUACUAUACCGCUGAUAUGGCUUAUGACUGGUCUGCCGCUAAUAUUUGUCAAGCACAAAAAAAUUGAUGGAGCGGUAUUUUCUUACCAUUUGUACUGGUUUAAUGCAUAUGUACAUCGUGUGAAUGGGUUCUGGGAAAACAAAAAUCCUAUUAUUCUGAGUUCCCUUUAGUUGGCCCUGUUUUUUUAUGAUCUUCUCCAGUUGAGAUACACUAAUAAGUAACACAAAUGAGGUUUUAAAUUCUUCUCACACUGUGAAUUUGUUUUGGAAAGGGUAUAGUUUUAACAGCAAGUAUAACAACUGUGGAAUUAUAGAAAUUAUAAUGAGGCAGAAAUUGUUAAUUCAAUUAAUAAAUAUCCAAAUAUCCAACAACGUUGGAUUUACGCCAA